AUGGCACUGAAGGCGGCCCCUGCCGAGCACCUGCGGCCCCAGUGUGAAGAUGGCGUCCUGGGGGCUGGCAGUGUCCGUGGGGCGGGAGCGCGGCUCGUCAGCGGGAGCGGGCAGGGCCGUGAGAUGGGCUUGGCUGGCGUGCUCUCAGCCUGGCACGAGACGGUGGUGACAGAUCAGAGGCUGUGCCGGGUCCGGCGGAGGGGGCAGGGGCAUCACGAAGCUGCCUGCUCCUAUGCCCAGCGGGCUCCGGCGGGCAUCCGUCGCCAGGCUCCUUCCGAGAGCCAAGGCCUCCAUGUGCUGCCAGAGUUCUGCCAAGUGCCCGUGCCGCACGUCCAGGGUGUGAACGUGCUGGUGUUUCUCCUCGUUGCUGGCUUCCCCCUUCAUAGCCCCCCUCGUUCUCCCUUCCCAAAGCCCUGUCCCCAGGAUCGGCCUCUGCCACGAGUGCUGCGCCCGCCCAGCGAGAACCGCGCAUCCGUGCUGCGCCCAGCCGUCCCGGGGCGGGAGUGUUUGGUGAAAUGCUCGCACCCUCUCUGCUUUUGCGUCUUCACUUGUGAGAUGGAGAGGAUGAGGACGGGGCCCCAGCAGCGCCGGGGUGCGGAGGCCGGGCGGAGCGGACCGGAGCGGGAGGGUUUGUACCCGUGCGGCCAGACGCCAAACCUGGACGACCCGACCCAAACAGGGGCCUCGGGCAGCCUCGCGCCACCCACCUCGUGGGGACGGGAUGGCGUGAACGCCUGCGCAGAGGGAGGCCCCGAGCGGCCCCCGCCUGCUGAUCUGCCUUACUUGGCGAAUGCCGCCUGCAUUUCUUCCUUUGUCCCAGCAGCUCAGGUGAUCUUGAUCCUGACGAAGUACUACCACGCAGACAUGGGGAAGGUUCUGGAAAGUUCUCUGUGGCGGUCCUCGGACUUUGGGACGUCCUACACCAAGCUCACCCUCCAGCCCGGCGUCACCACGGUCAUCGACAACUUCUACAUCUGCCCGAGCAACAAGCGCAAGCUUAUCCUCGUGAGCUCCUCCCUGAGCGCCCGGGAGCAGAGCCUGUUCCUCAGCACAGAUGAGGGUGCCAGCUUCCAGAGGCAGCCCAUCCCCUUCCUCGUGGAGACCCUCAUCUUCCACCCUAAGCAGGAAGACAAGGUCCUUGCCUACACCAAGGAGAGCAAGCUCUACGUGUCCUCCGACCUGGGGAAGAAGUGGACACUUCUGCAGGAGCGCGUGACCAAAGACCGCGUGUUCUGGGCUGUGUCCGGCGUGGACGCCGACCCCAACUUGGUGCACAUGGAGGCGCAGGACCUGGGUGGAGGGUUCCGGUACGUCACCUGUGUGAUCCACAACUGCUCCGGGGAGACGCCCGCGGCCGCGGGCCCGGUGGACGCCGGCUCGCUGACUGUGCAGGACGAGUACGUCUUCUUCAAGGCUACGUCCACAAACCGGACCAACUACUACGUCUCCUACCGCCGCGGGCCCUUCGUCCUAAUGAAGCUGCCCAAGUACGCGCUGCCCAAGGACCUGCAGAUCAUCAGCACGGACGAGAACCAGGUGUUCGUGGCGGUGCAGGAGUGGAACCAGGCCGACACCUACAACCUGUACCAGUCGGACCCGCGCGGCGUGCACUACUCCCUGGUGCUGGAGCACGUGCGCAGCUCGCGGCAGGCGGAGGAGAGCAUGGUCAUUGACAUCCUGGAGGUCCGAGGGGUGAAAGGAGUCUUCCUGGCAAACCAGAAGGUUGAUGGCAAGGUGACAACGCUCAUCACCUACAACAAGGGCCGAGACUGGGACUACCUGAGGCCGCCCAGCACCGACAUGAACGGGAGACCCACCAACUGCCAGCCGCCGGAGUGCCACCUGCACCUGCACCUGCGCUGGGCAGACAGCCCCUACGUGUCAGGCACUGUGCACACCAAGGACACCGCCCCCGGCCUCAUCAUGGGUGCAGGUAACCUGGGCUCACAGCUGGUGGAGUACAAGGAGGAAAUGUACAUCACGUCGGACUGUGGGCGCACCUGGCGGCAGGUGUUCGAGGAGGAGCACCACGUCCUCUACCUGGACCACGGCGGCGUGAUCGCGGCCAUCAAGGACACCUCCAUCCCCCUCAAGAUCCUCAAGUUCAGCGUGGAUGAGGGCCUCACCUGGAGCACGCACAACUUCACCAGCACCUCGGUGUUCGUGGACGGGCUGCUGAGUGAGCCCGGCGAGGAGACGCUGGUCAUGACGGUCUUCGGCCACAUCAGCUUCCGCUCUGACUGGGAACUGGUCAAGGUGGACUUCCGGCCGUCCUUCCCAAGGCCGUGUGGAGAUGAGGACUACAGCUCCUGGAACCUCACGGACCUCCAGGGUGACCACUGCAUUAUGGGCCAGCAGAGAAGUUUCCGGAAGAGGAAGUCCACAUCCUGGUGUGUCAAGGGGCGGAGCUUCACGUCGGCCCUCACUUCACGCGUGUGCCAGUGCCGGGACUCCGACUUCCUCUGUGACUACGGCUUCGAGCGCACGCCCUCCCUGGAGUCUGCAGCUGACAAGUGCUCCGCCAACUUCUGGUUCAACCCCUUGUCACCUCCCGAGGACUGCGCCCUGGGCCAGACCUACACCAGCAGCCUGGGAGCCGUGCUCCCCGGGCUCUGUGACACGCUCUGGCGCCGGGUCCCCACCACGGCCCAUCUGCCCCCACACCGCCUUCUGCUGUCGCCAGCGCCUGGCCCUCCUCACAGCCAGGCGGCUCCUCCGACAUGGAAGACGGCUGUGCCCCUGGAAGGCGCUGCGCGGUGCCGCCCGUCCACUCGGGCCGCGGGCCCAGCGGAGGCCCCGGCUGAGCGCCCCGCCGUCCCGCAGGGCGACGUACUCACCACCAGGUACCAGGUGGACCUCGGGGACGACUUCAAGGCCAUGUACGUGAACCUCACGCUGAGCGGGGAGCCCAUCCGGCACCGCUACGACAGCCCCGGCGUCUACCGCGUGUCCGUCAGGGCAGAGAACGCGGCCGGCCACGACGAGGCCGUGAUCUUUGUCCAGGUCAACUCCCCGCUGCAGGCUCUCUACCUGGAGGUGGUCCCCGUCACCGGUGUCAACCAGGAGGUGAACCUCACGGCCGUGCUGCUGCCCCCGAACCCCAACCUCACCGUCUUCUACUGGUGGAUCGCCCAGAGCCUGCAGCCCCUGAUCUCCCUGGAGAACCGGGUGGCCACGCGCUUCGCGGAGGCGGGGGAGGUGCGUGUGACGGUGCAGGCCGCGUGCGGGAGCUCCGUGCUGCAGGACUCCAGGGUCGUCCGUGUGCUGGAUCAGUUCCAGGUGGUGUCCCUGCAGUUCUCCCAGGACCUGGACAGCUACAACCCCAACACCCCGGAGUGGCGGGAGGACGUGGGCCUGGUGGUCACCCGGAUGCUCUCCAAGGAGACCAGCAUCCCCGAGGAGCUGCUGCUGACCGUGGUGAAGCCCGGGCUGCCCACCCUGGCCGACCUGUACGUGCUGCUGCCCCCACCCCGGCCCACAAGGAAGAGGAGCCUCUCCAGUGACAAGAGAGUCGCAGCCAUCCAGCAGGUGCUCAGUGCUCACAAGAUCAGCUUCCCCGUGCGAGGCGGGCUGCGGGUCCUGGUGGCCCUGCGGGAGACAGACUCAGGUUCCCAGCGGCUGGGCGGCGGCGGCUACUGGGCGGCGGCGGUGCUCUUCGUGGUCGGGCUGCUGGCGGUGGUGGUGUUCAUCCUCUACAAAUUCAAAAGGAAACGCCCGGGCAGAACCGUGUACGCCCAGAUGCACAACGAGAAGGAGCAGGAGAUGACCAGUCCCGUGAGCCACAGUGAGGACACGCAGGGGACCGUCCAGGGCAACCACUCGGGCGUGGUCCUGAGCAUCAACUCUCGGGAGAUGCACAGCUACCUGGUCAGCUGAUGCCCGGACCACCGUCUCCCCGCGGAGGACGAAGGAGCCCAGGUGCGGCUGGGAGGCCCCGCCGAGCCCUCGGGAAGGCCGCCUCCUCCCGCCGUGCCCGCCCAGGGAGCAGACACUCCCCAGCCGCUCCUGACCGCCCACCCGGACCAGGCCCAUGGUGCCGCCGAUGUCCCGUCCCUGCCUCUGGCCCUGGACCCCGCUCACGCUGCCCUGCUGCCCAGCUGAGGCCUGACUUCUCCCAGCAGAGGCCACUCUGUCCGGAGCGUGGGGUGAGGCUGCCGGGCUGGCCGGGCCCUAGGUCUGCAGCCUCUGCCCUGAGGCUCCUGAGGCUGGGGGCUUCCCAGAGUCCCGUAAGCCAGACCCACCCAACACCACCCUCCGGUGCCCUCCAGUGCUCCUCUUCCUGUUAAACUGCAGAUCCUGUAAAUACCUCUCCAGGUAGCCCGUUGCAUUCGGGGCACGUUUAA